AGCGCCAACAUAUACCUUAAUUCCCUGCAUGUAUUCUGAGUGGAAGGAAAGAAAGAUGCACACUAGAGGAGUUUGAAAGCGAUUAUCUCUUUCAAAUACGAGAGACUUCAAUGGAGUCACAUAUUCUUUUUUGCAAAAGAUUUCCCUGGCUCAUCAUUUUCUUAACUCGUGGAGUUCGAAAGCAACGUACUCUCGGCCUUUUUUAGGAAUAGGAAUCUAAAGGGAGUCUUGGGAGUGGUGAGAAUUAUAUCUAGGAAGCCGGAUAAGAUAUAAGAAAAAGAACGCAAAAUCUGGAAAAGAAUAGCAAGAGUUUUCCCAUCCUGGUUCCUCUGAGGAGUCACCCACUAGAUGAUGGUCCUUAUCAAGUUCUUCAACCAGGUUCAAUGAAAGAUGAGGAAGAGGAAAAAGAAGAUCAUGAAGUUCAACCCAACGAGGACGUGGAAGAAGACGAUGAUGAUGAACAAGAACAAGCACAGAAAAGGAUUCCAGGCACUUAUCAGCAUGUUCAACGAUCCCCACCCUCUAAUACAGUCUCUUCUUCUGCCAUAUUGGCACCCAGGCAACGGGCUGCAGAGUACGGAAGUUUUGUAGAGAGAAGUGUGCAAGCGGGGAUUCACGAACCCUCCUCCAUUUUGAGAUCCAAGAGAAUAUUGAAAGGAGAGGUUGUGAAAGUUCGUAGUGGCCGUAUUGCACGAUCCAGAGGACUGAAAGACCGUCACAGCAAAAUUUCUACCUCUAAAGGUACACGAGAUCGACGGCUGAGACUGUCUGCUGGUACUGCUAUACAGUUCUUCGACGUCCAAGACCGGCUGGGCUAUGAUCGACCCAGUAAGGCCAUCGAUUGGCUAAUGGAGAAGGCAAAGGCAGCAAUUAAUGCACUCGCUAAUUCACCAAGACAAAAUCAGGAUGCUUCUUCCAUCAACUCUUCUCAACAAUCAGAGAAAGACCAGCUUGGGAAACGCCGUCUGAAUUUUCAGCAUCAGAGUGAGUUAGGAAUCAUGAUGGGUUCGAGUUGCGGUUAUGAUCGUCAGAACCAACUGCACAUGAAUGACAUCCCCACUAACAGUUUGAGCUUAGUCUCAGAAUCUGCCACCACACCAUCAUCUUCAAUUCAGUUGCAGGACUACCCGCCGAAACUGAAACAAGAUAUUUGCCUUCUUGAUGCUCCCCACCAUGCCAGUCCUAUUAAUUUUGCCGAAGAAGCUGUCAAUUCAGAGUCCUUCUUGUCAGAUAGCCCCGCGGAGAUUGGUUGGUUUCAACCCCACAGAGAUUGGAAUUUUGACACAGGUCAUGGAGAAGAACUAGAAGAGUUUGUCUUCAAUUCCUUGCCGCAAUUACCACAGCCCGUUAUAAGUCAGAACCAGUUUUCCUCUCAGCGGGGACUCCUUCAGUACUCUAGUAGUCUUGUUUCCGUUUCUGCAUGUACUAACCCACCAAUUUCCGUUGAUUGUCAUUACCAUAGGUCAGUAUUAAGUUCACGUUCGUUCGCCAGCUUAGGAUCUGCCCGAGGCAGAUCAUUCUCAAUGCCUCAAACUCCAGCAAGAAUUGUGGGUGAAGAGCAGGAGCAUGGUGCAUCUGAAAGGCCGUCCUCCAUUUCAUCUGUCUGACACCAUUGAGAUCAAAAUGUAGAAGUGGGAUGCGAUACUUUCAUGCCUGAUUCCAAUGAUGUUCACUUGUUAGUUCGCUUACUUAUUAUUGAUGUUCGUUUCAUGCAUGUUCCCUAAAAGUUUUAUCAAAUUCCUUCACACUCCUUUACUAAA